AUGGCGGCUAGCUUCAUAAUCAAUUGCUCAUGCCCUGAUCUCCUGUGCUUCUUGCGCCUGACCGUGCAGAUCAUCCCGACCCACUUCCAGCGCCGGCUACCGGCGAGGCACGCGGCGGUGGUGCUCCGGUGCUGCGGGAGCUCGUGGAUUUUCAUGAGCUACUGCGGUGACACCAAGCUGAAGAGACUCGACCAGGGCUGGGCGGACUUCGCCGUCCAGAACCGGCUGCAGGUCGGCGAUGCGUGUGUGUUCGAGCUGGUGUCCGGGUAUGCUGGAGAUGGCGGCAACAGGGAGGUGGUGCUGGAGGUGCAGGUGCUUCGAGGUGGUGGCCUGCCGGAGCCUGAGGAUCUCGCCACCAAAGGAGACACCGCCGAGGAGGCCAUCGCCAUCUUGGACUAG